UUUUCGGCCCCGCAUAAACACAUGAAUAGAUAACGAAUCUGCCACUGUAUGGGAUCGUUUAUAGCCCCCCAGAGAACCCUCGAAUCGAACUGAACCGACCCGAACACUCUGUGAUUGACAAAUUAACGCAUUCAUUUUGAUUAGCAUCUGUAUCUACUCGUAUCUGUUCGAUAGCUGAGGGUUCUGUUUCAAUAGUUCCAGCGAUUAACGAUCCCACAGUCAGAUCACAGUUUCGGUUGUGUCCGUCCCCUAUUCGGUGUCUCGAUUGCCUAUAGAUUGGCAUUUUACAGCAUUCGCGUACGCCGAACCUCAAUUGCGGAAAGCUCUACACAUGAACGAUCUUUAGUCGUACCGCACAGAUAUACAUAUAGCUAAUAUAUAGUAAAAGCAACAGUGACGCAUCAUCAUCAUCACAUUGAGAUCGCGUCUAGUGGGUGGCGGUGACAAAAACAAGAAGCGAAACCCAGCCACUAAUUUCAACUAAUUUCGAACACUUGGCUAAAUGCGUGAUCGUCACUUGGCCAAAAUGCCGCGUGGAGGAACAACAACAGCGCGCUAUGAGGAGGAUCCAGACAAUGCCUGGAACUGCUGCUCCUGGUGCGAGUACUUGCUGAUCGUGAUUCUUUCCACCAUUCUGUUGGUGGGAGUCCUGGUGUUGACCCUCUUCUGGGUGAUGUUCUAUCGCGAUGGCUUCGCCUGGUCGGAGAGCCCCAAGCAGCAGUUCAAUCUGCAUCCCAUCCUGAUGAUUGCCGGUUUCGUCACUCUCUCUGGAUUUUCCAUCUUGAUCUAUCGCCUGUGCCGGUGCGUGAAGCAUAUCUAUGUGAAGCUGAUCCACAUGUUCUUUCACGCCAUUGCCAUUCCGUGCAUCGCCCUGGGUUUCCUCUCCGUCUUCGACUCCCACGAGGCGUUGCAAAAGGUGAACUUCUACAGCUUGCACUCUUGGCUGGGUUUCGUGACUAUGGGCAUGUUUGUGCUGCAGUUUGUGAUCGGAUUCUUCAGCUUUCUGGUGAUGCUCUGCUGUGAGAACAAGACCUACAGCUGCCGCUCCGCCAUGGUGCCUAUACACGCCAGUCUGGGUCUGGCCAACUUCUGGCUGGCCAUUGCCACAUCUGUGACGGGUCUCAUUGAGAAGGAGCGCGAGACGGUGGCCGAGACGAACGUCAGCGCCGAAAACAAGCUCAUUGAGCAUUACAUCACCAGUGCCAUUGGCAUCACUCUGAUCUUCAUCGGCAUCAUCGUCACCUUUGCGGUGCGACGGUCCAACGCUCCCGCCUCGGCCAAAGUCUACGUAACCGAACGCAUUUAGGAUGUCGGCUGCUCCCCAGCUGGCCCCGCCAACCACAGCCAGUGCAGGAAGAGCGUCUCAAAUGGAAAUUGUAUCCAAGGAUUAUCUGUGGUUCCGUUGUGGAUUCAGAGCUUUGAACCAAUGUCGUCCUUUUGAAAGGCUUAGCACAAACAGAUCACGCUUCUGCAUACUCUUUCUAGACAUACCUGUUAUAACGUUUUAUAUGCCAAAUUGAAUUCCCUUCAUAUACAUAGA